GUUGUCGUUGUUAACUACAUUUCCCAUGAGCCUCCGCCUCCUACUGUCUGCGUCGCAAACCAACAUGGCGGGAGUUGUAGCCUUCUUGAAAAAUGCUUGGAAUAAGGAGCCUGUCAUCGUGGCUUCGUGCACCAUUGCAUUGAUGGGUUUCGCUCUUCCACUGAUAAGUCCUACCACUAAGUAUUCUGCGAUGAUCAAUGCGGCGAUGCCAUACAACUACCCAGUUCCUGUGCGGGAUGAUGGAAACAUGCCCGACGUUCCUGCACACCCGUGUGACCCUCAAGGUCCGUCGCUGGAAUGGCUCAUACAUUUUUAACGUUCUGUCGUUUGGCAACGUGUCAGUAAAAUUGUGCGUUUGAAGAAAAA